AUGACUGCUCAAACUUAUGCUACUUUGAACCGCACUGGCGACAAGAUGCCUCUUGUUGGCUUCGGCUGUUGGAAGGUUUCCCCUGAGGAUGCUGAAGCUACCAUCUACAAUGCUAUCAAGUCCGGUUACCGUUUGAUUGAUGGUGCUGCUGAUUACGGUAAUGAAGUCGAGGUGGGACGUGGUAUCAACAAGGCCAUCAAGGAAGGUAUUGUUACCAGAGAAGAGGUUUUCGUUGUCACCAAGCUCUGGAACACUUAUCACAACAAGGAUAGACUUCGUGAUGCUUUUGAUAAGCAAUUAAAGGAUCUCGGUUUGGAUUAUGUUGAUUUGUACUUGAUUCACUUCCCUGUUCCCUUGAAGCACGUUGACAUUAACCAAGCCUAUCCUCCUGGCUGGUACCAACCCAACAAGACCGAGAUUGAAUUCGAGCCUUCUCCUAUGCAUGAAUGCUGGCACGAGAUGGAAAAGUUGGUUGAAGCCAAGUUGGCUCGCAACAUUGGUAUCUCCAACUUCAACGUUCAACUCAUCUUGGAUUUAUUGACUUAUGCCAAGAUCAAGCCUGCAGUUUUGCAAGUUGAACUCCAUCCUUAUCUCCAACAAAGCCGUAUGGUUACUUGGGUCCAAUCUCAAGGUAUCCAAAUCACUGCCUACUCUUCUUUUGGCCCUGCUUCAUUCGUUGAUCUGACCAAUGAUGGUAAGACUGCUGCUCCCUUGCUCGAACAUGCCACCAUCAAGGAGAUCGCCAACAAGCACAACAAGACUACUGGCCAAGUCUUGCUCCGUUGGUCCACUGAGAGAAACAUUGCUGUCAUUCCCAAGAGUACCAACCAAGAGCGCAUCAAGUCUAACCUCGAUAUCUUUUCUUGGUCUUUGGAUAAGGAGGACAUGGAUAAGAUUGCUUCUCUUGAAAAGGGCUUGAGAUUCAACGAUCCCUACAGCUAUAACUUCAACUUGCCCUUGUUCAACUAG